CUUGCUAAAUAAAAAUGAUCGUUGGUGGUCACACCACCAAUGACAUAAAAUUAUGCAUAAACAAAACUCACAUAUUUUUAACAACACACAAAACAGUGAUAUAAAUAAAAUUGAAAUACGCACUGCCAACUAAAAUAGAUAAACAAAAUAAAAUUAUAUCAUUUCGCCUUCUUCUGUAGAACCCUAUUGAAACAAUGAAUCGUGAUAGAAUCCUGGUAGUGGAGGAGGGGUCGUGGGGUCGCUCCACCACUUACCGAGUUGGUUCCGAGCCAGUAUUGACCACCAUUCUAACGGAAAAAGUUCCAAAGAGAGAUGAGGUGCUCAUACAAAAGCAGUUAGAGGAGUCUCUUGAGAAAGCCUUGGGAUUUCAAGAAGAGACCAUACCAGAUGAUUUGGUACUACCACCUACAGAAGAAGACCACUUUAAGUUGCCCUAUCUAGUAUCUUCUAUAAACGCUGCAAUACUCGAGGAUACGAUCCGUCAACUACAAAUCUUGGAUGAAUGCAACACUUCGUUGCGUAUACACAUGGUUCAGUCUGCAAUGGACCAAUUGCGCGCCAGCAAAUAUGGCGUACCCAAACCAGAAGUGAUCGAUGAACUGGAAGGCAUAGACAAGACAAAGCUGGCCUGCGACGAGUAUAAAAUGAACAAGCUUGAUGCUGAUAGGAAGUUCAUAAACGAAGUGGUCAAAGAUACAUACACUGACUUAUCAGUUUUUAACUCGUACAAAAGCCUUUCUGAUCAUGUCGCCAAGAUUCUGUUCCUGGACGAGUAUCGACUGACACUGGCUGAGGAUGAAGCUAAGAACCGAUUAGCCUGUCGUGAUGCGGCGAGGCAGCUGAGGCAGCAGCGGGUGCACCACAAGACCGUUGCAUACGAAACUGAUGCCAUCAUUGAUGAUCUCAAGACUCAAGUAGAGGACGCAUCGUUAAUGGCGUCAGUUCGUAGCCGCUAUAUCGACAACUGGCAGCGCGCGCGCACGGAGCAACACUUCCGGACCAUAGACGACAAGGAGUCUACGCCGACUGACAGCAUAGAGUAUUACAAACAGAGGAUCGAUAACGAGCAGCGGGUUCACACUGAAGUGGAGCUGUUGGUCAAUAUUGCUAUUAAUGAAACUCUGGAGAAAGUUGAAGAAUGGAUGAACAAGUUCGACGCAGACAUGGAAGCGAUGGACUUGGAAGUGCAAAAGAAGAAGCACGCUUAUAAAAACAUGCUGGAAAAGAGAAUAAAAUUAGAGGAGACGAUUGAAAAACACGAUCAACAAAUGAAGGACUGGAAACAAUUCAAGGGUGAUCGUGAGGAAGCGAGGCAGUAUGUGGAGAAGAUGACCAACUCAGCCGUCAUCGUGCAGGCGUGGUGGCGCGGCCUGCUGGUCAGACUGCAGCUCGGGCCGUAUAGGCCCAAAAAGAAACCGAAGAAAGCGGCGAAGAAAAAGUUUUUCUGAGUUUCUUCUUUAACUUCUUAUAGUUAACAAUAACUAUUGAACUAUUUUUUUGUA